CUGAGCCUCUACUUUAGUCAAUCCUCUUUGCUUUCCACCAUGACAUUUUCCAGUCCAUGUUUUUUUUAACUAAAGGACAGAUUUUGAAUUAGUCACGUGCGACUGGUAUGAAAAACGAAUAAUGUCAGCAAAUUACAUAUCUUGUGCCUGCAACUGUCAGCUGUCCGUUGGCAUCCACCGAUUUUAGUGAAUGGACAGUGGAAGAGGCCGAAUAAAUUACUCUCAAGUGCUUUAGAUAAAACUAUGAUCAUCUGGGAGCCGAAUUCUGCUGGGAUCUGGAUGGAGACUGUUCGAUUAGGAAAAGUGGGAGGUAAUACUCUAGGUUUUUAUGGAGGAAACUUUAAUAAAGAUGGAUCGAGUGUGCUGGCUCAUGGAUAUCAAGGAACAUUCCACAUGUGGAGGUUUGAGGAGAAGUUGCAGAGGUGGACCCCAAGGGCUGCACCGAGUGGACAUUUUUCAGACGUCAGUGACUUGCACUGGGAUCCUGAGGGACGUUAUCUCAUCACAACGAGUUUGGAUCAAACCACAAGGGUUCACGUUCCUUGGAGAAUAUCUGGAGCAUCUGAAAUUUGGCAUGAAAUAGCUAGACCUCAAAUUCAUGGAUAUGAUAUCAAUUGUCUAUCAGUUUUAUCACCUCGGAUGUUUGCAUCAGGGGCAGAAGAGAAAGUUGUAAGAGUUUUCGAGGCUCCUGAGUAUUUCCAGAAAUGUUUAAAUGAGUUAGAGUGGAGAAAUCCUAGAAGUGCAGGGGAUCGAGCGUCAGUUCCUGCAUUGGGGCUAACUAAUAAGGCAAUUGAUGGACAAGUCAUCGAUGAUGAGGUCGAUGAUGAUGAUUUCAGAGGGGAGAGACUGCCCACUGAGGAGGAGAUUGUUAGGUACACCCUCUGGCCCGAAUUGGAGAAAUUGUACGGUCAUGGUUAUGAGAUUUUUGCAAUGGCAGCGAGACACGAUGGAAAAAUACUUGCAACUUCUUGCAAAUCAGCCAACGCAGAACAUUCUAGCAUCAUCCUCUGGAGUACAAAGACCUGGGGACAAGUUCAGAAACUUUCUGCGCACAGGUUGACAGUGACUCAGAUGGAAUUCUCCCCGAAUGAUGAAUUUCUCGUUUCCGUGUCGAGAGACAGGAGAUGGGCUUUUUAUAAAUCUCUUCAAAAUGCGGAUGACGAAGGUCCGAGUUACGAAUUGCUUGUAGUCAGUCCUGCUGUCAAUGCUCUUCAUACGAGAAUAAUUUGGUGUUGCUGUUGGAGUCCUGAUUCAAAAUAUUUUGCUACUGGUUCGAGAGAGGGUAAAAUUGGAGUUUGGUGUGUUGAGAAUAUUUUAAAUGGGGAAAAUCCUCAACCUGUGGGGAGUUUGGACCUUCAGGGAAGUUCAGUUACCGCCCUUACAUUCCAUCGAGUAAUUUUAGAGGGAAAUAAUUAUGUCCUGGCUAUUGGGGUCGAGGAGGGCAGAAUUGCUGUAAAAGUAAUCAAUUUCGAGAACGGUGAAGCAAAAUUUGUGAACUGCUUGGAACUCGAUACUUCUGCUGCGCAUCAUAAAACUGUUAAAAGAUUAUCGUUUAGACCUAAAGGUAAAGAGGGAAUGGUGCAGUUGGCGAGCUGCAGCUCUGAUCGUGCUGUGAAAAUUUAUGAUUUUGAGAUUUCAAAAAUUCUGGGAGAGAAAGAUGAAUAAAGAUUUUUUGUAAA